AUGUAUGUCCACUACUUCGCGGCCGCACCCGAGAUACCCAGAGACUCAUCGUCUUCUCUAGUAACCUACGGCCAAGAUACGGCCUCGACACCACCAGCCGGCGAUGAUUCCUUCUCCGACCUCCACCCCGCAAAUCCACUCCCUGUGAUUGUGCGCGCGACAAACGGCAAGUCGAAGAAACAUAGAGACGACAAGAUCAAGCUGUCCACAAUCGUUCAGCCCGAUGCUUUGGAAUCCUUCUUCGCCAGCUACGCCAACAUCUGCAAGGGGGGUAUGUCCGCACUCAAGCCCCGGGAUCGGAGUAAGAAGAAGGCCAAGUCCAGAAAGAAGAAGGGAGGUGCAGUCACGGCCGUCGCUGCGGCGUGA